AUGAAAACUAAGUCUUUGUUCUUGGUGUUCUCUCUUUGUGCACUAAUUCAUAUCUACCCUGUGGAAACUGAGCAAUCUAAAGAUGGAAAACAAUUUUCAGCUGGUGCUACUAAAGAAUUCAAAACAAAAAUUGUGAUAGAUAUGGACGAAAGCAUGGGAGGAGGUGGACACGGAGGAAACCGCGGAGGAAGGCGUGUUGACGGUGAUUGGGGAUACGGAGGAGGCUGGGAAAGAGGAGAAAACAAAGGAGGUUGCGAAGGAGGAGGAGGCGAAGAAGGAAACGACGAAGGUUGGGGAGAAGUUGGAGGAACCGAGGCAGGUUUGGGGGGAGAAAAUGAAGGUGGCAUAAAUGGAAAGCCUAGGGAACGAGCAUGA